GUUUUUAUAUACUCUGUGCCACAAAUGGACUAACGUCAUCAUUUGGCAAAUAUGGCUAUCACAGGAAUAAGUUUUAGAUGGCUCGAUAUAUUAGAAAAGGAAUUUGAUGAAGCGUUUGUAGAUUUGGACAUUUUAAUAGGUGAUCUUGAUGCUGAAGAUCCAGACAUGGUUCAUGCUGCACACCAGAAGAUGGCAACACUGAGCUCCUGUUUUGCCCAGUUAACUCACAAGGCUCAAACUGUUUUCCAAAACAGUGCCAAGGUUGAGGCAGAGUUGGUGUACCUUCGAGCAGAGUUGGUCGAUGCCAAGGCACAGCGCUCAGUGCUGGAGCAAGAGCUACACACGCUGCUGUUACAACUACAUGCCUGUCAGCUGCAGCACCUGCCAGGUGUACACACGGAACCAGAUGCAGAACGAAUCCUCAGAAGACUGGAGGAAGAGUUACAACGGUCUCCAACACACCAGCACAGAAUUAAAGAAGAUGGAACGCAGGUUGGCGUCAUGGAAGUAGCAUCUCUCCGCAGUGAACUGUCACAGCUGCAGAGUGAAAACACAGCUCUGCGCAACACAUUGCUCGCUGUACACAGUGAAUUGUAUGGUGCUAAGCUUGUAGCAAAAUACCUAGAUAAGGAAUUGGCUGGCAGAAUACAGCAGCUGCAGUUACUUGGACGAGAAAUGCGAGGUGAAGUUAAGGACAAAUUGUGGCGACAGUUGGAAUCUGAAAUCUUGUUGCAUCGCCACAAAACUGUGAUAAGGGCUUGUCGUGGCAGAGGAAGUGGUGCAGGUGGUGAUAAUGCAGUACCAACAUCUGAACCUCCAUCAACAGAUAAUAGAAGCCAGCAGGGUAUCGGUGAACCUAGAUUUGUCACUGUGCAGCGAGAAGCCGGAGAUGGACUGGGAAUCUCUAUUACGGGAGGCCGUGAACAUGGUGUGCCCAUUUUGAUCUCGGAACUGGAGCCUGAUGGACCAGCAGCAAAGUGUGGUGCACUGUAUGUUGGAGAUGCAAUACUUACUGCAAAUGGGCAAGAUCUAAAACAGGCUUCUCAUCAAGAAGCAGUGGAUAUUCUGUCAUCACGACUGGGUGACAUCUGUUUGGAAGUGCAGUAUGUCGCAGCAGACGACACAGAUGAGGAGAAUUCCCUCGGAGAGGACAUGUAUGGCUUCAGGUAUCGGUUUUUUGAUGAUGAGGUGCUGGAUGGUAGGAACAUGGUUAGCCUACACCCAUUACAGAAUGGUUACUCCAGUAACCAACAGAAUGGAAACAACGGUGCCUUAUUAUCCACUCCGACAGCUCCCCGAACUCCAGAGUCACCCAACAGGAAUUCAUCUGAUUGCAGUUUGUCUGGUAGUCCCACAUCUACAUCAGCAACAAAGAAACCAACAGGUUGUCACAACUCAGCUCAUGCUACAUCUAUUCAACAUUGCACCAAUACUGUUAUUAGUCGCUCCACUAACUCUCUGAGCGGCCAUUCUGAUGCUAAUGGCUCCAACACCAACACAGAUUUGUCUCCUUACUCCCCAAUUCAGGUUUCCAUAGAAGGCAGCCACAUGGGAAGGUCCUCUAACAGUGAAGAGUCUUUAGGGAAGAGUCCACUAUUCAAAAGUCCAGUGAAAGAACAGAGGAGUUCCUAUGAAGUGGAUCAGACAAGUGCGUCUGUUCCGUCAACACCAAAUAAUAACGUUGAUAAUAGGGACGUAACUUUAAAUGAGAACAAUUUUGAAAGGAAUAACAAUGCACAAGGUAUUGGUAUUUCAACUUUACAGCAAAUUUUUGGCAAAUCAAAUUCUACAUCUUCCAUAUCUCUUGAAAAUAAAAGUCAAAGUUCCGAAGUUACGGACAAUAUCAAAUUUAAACCAGACAUCAGUGAGACUGUGGAUACAGUUGAUGUAAAGUUUAUUGAUAAUUCUCUAGUAAAAUCGUCUGAAGAUACUUUGGUUGUUAAAGCUACAAAUAAAGUAAAUGAAGUAACAGAUGUUGAAAAAGGUAAAAGUGCCGACAUCGUAAGCAAGUCUCCCUCAGAAUCUUUCAAGCAAGAUGAAAAGGACAAAGAAUUGAUUAUAGCAGAAAUUGUGUCCAGUGAUUCAUCAUCGGCUGCUUACGGUGGGUCUUCACAGCCAUCACCUAUUUGCCACAAAGUCGGAAGGAAACAAUCCAAUUACAUACUGAAGUUGUCCGAUAAAGGUCGCCGAAGCGGAAAAGCGCACAGGAUGGUUCAGAAUGUUGCUGAAGGUAGCAGCACAAGUAGUAGUUUUGAUGAAGAGCAGUCGACACCGCAUUGCAAGACAGGCAGCUCGAAACGACGAGACGGGCGCUCAAGAGGCAUGGUUCAGGUUUCUGUUCUAGCUCUUGGAAAUAGCCCUACUCAUUCCAGUUGUGAACAUAGGAAGAAUGCAGAUAGACUUGUAGUGGAUAGUUUUGGAGACCCAGACUUUGGUACUCCAGUAUAAUUAAGCUUUUAAAUAUUGACAGUUAUUAUGUCACAUGACCCUCAAAGGGUACAAGUGCUUGUAAGCUCUGGCACUGGCAAGUUGGUCUGGUUAUUGUAGGUCGCUUACUUAUAAUUUCAGAAUGCACCCAAGAAUGUCUAAGCACCCAGGUAGGCCAUUAUUUAUUACCAAAGAAGGAAACGGCAAAUUUAUACCUGAAUGCAAGAACUACAUAAUGAUGAAUAGUAAAGUUCUGAGACAAAUGAGAAGUGUUUACCGCUAAUUUAAACUUGUAUUGCUUUGAAUCUUGAUGCAUGUUUUCAGAUUGUAGCCAAAUUUACAAGUCACCAGUUCAAAAGUAAAUGUGUAAAAUAUACCAAAAUAUGUUUUGCGUAUAUAUAAUUCUUGCACGCAUCAUAUUUUGGGUAUGUGUGGAGUAGGAACAAUAAAGGAACUCAAAUAUUAAAGAACAUACUCAAUAAUGAUAAUUUAUAUAUUAUAUUAUAUGAAAAUUACAUUUGAAUCAAUACUGUAUAUACAGUCAUCAUUCUCUGAUCCCUUAUUUUAUGGGCCAGAGCAUUCCUUUUCAAGACUACUGUACCAAUGUCGUUGUUCUUAUUAGCGCUGAAAGGUAAUGCAUUUUCACAUUCCUUUGGUUCAUCAAACUGUAGGAGUAGUUAUAAUUAUGAAGCUUUCUGUCU